ACGUCAACAGUUCAUUGGCUUUGCUUGCCGUGCCGACGUCAACAAUAAAAUUUUAUUGUGAUUGUGAACCUAACUUAGACAAGAUAUAUAAUUAUAUUUUAAUCGAAUUUUUCAAUGAAAUAGCGCAACUCCAAAGCGAUUUCAAAUGAAUUAGUAUCUUCAGUGGAUUUUUUAAUGUUUAUGUGGCCCUACGGGAACUGGUAUCUUCAACUUACAAACUUAAUAUAACAAUUUAGUCUAUUAACAAAAUGUUAACGUUGUUCUUCCUAUGAAGUCUACUGACUCGAUUGGAGAACCUUCAGUAAACACAGAUCUUGUUGGAGAAGUUGUUGAGCCGGACAUCGCACAAGAGCUGGCAGUUGUUGACACACAACUAAAUAUUGAAGAAGAUAUGGACGGUGACUCAAAAAAAGCACAAUCCUAUGCACACAACAGAAGAGUGAAUAAUUAUGGCUAUAUAAAAUAUGUAAGCUUGGUGAUAUUGACAUUGCAAAAUGCAGCAUUAGGUCUAAGUAUGCGAUAUGCUCGCACAAGAGAUGUGGAAAUGUUCUCAUCUGCAGCAGCCGUUUUAAUGGCAGAAGUAUUUAAAUUAAUCAUAUGUGUGUGCCUUGUUAUGCAAGAGUCUGGUGGUGUUGAAAAGGGUGCACACUCAAUGUACAGUGUAGUAAUAUUAAAUGUCAGAGACACAUUACGAGUCUGUGUGCCAUCAUUUUUAUAUAUUGUACAAAAUAAUUUGCUUUAUGUAUCAGCAUCUAACUUAGAUGCAGCCACUUACCAGGUCACAUAUCAACUAAAGAUACUGACAACAGCAUUUUUUGCUGUUCUUGUAUUGAAAAGACAGCUCAAGAAGUGGCAGUGGUUUGCAUUAGCAAUUUUAGCAGCUGGAGUAGCUCUUGUACAGCUGUCCUCUACUGAAAAAACAAAUGUUGCUAAACCACAUUUACCAGAGCAGUCCAAAAUAUUAGGAUUUAGUGCAGCAUUGGCAGCUUGCUUUAUAUCUGGUUUUGCAGGAAUAUACUUUGAAAAAGUACUUAAAGAAUCUGACAUUUCUGUGUGGAUGAGAAAUGUACAGUUGAGUUUACUGUCUUUACCAUUUGGAACCAUUACUUAUCUUGUAAAUGAAGGAACUCAAAAUAAUUUGCUUAAAGGCUUUGAUGGUUUUGUUUGGUAUCUAGUCAUAUUACAAGCAGCAGGAGGCCUUAUAGUUGCUGUAGUUGUCAAAUAUGCAGAUAAUAUACUAAAAGGUUUUGCAACAUCUGUUGCAAUCAUCAUUUCCUGCAUAGCAUCAAUUUACAUAUUUGAUUUCAACCUCACUGUACAGUUUGCUGUUGGCACACUGUUUGUUAUCGUCUCAAUUUUCCUAUAUGGUUAUGUACCCAAGAAACCUGAGCCAAGGACGUCUCUAAAUGUAUGAUCAUUUCUGUGCUUUAUUUAAAUUAAGUCCUUUUUAUUUAAAGUAUUUUAUCAGUGCUUGUUUAUAAUAAGCUUGCCUAUUUUCAUAAGACUUACAAAUAGAUAUUCAUUAAGAAUGAUCAGGGUAAUAUAAAGUGUACCCUAGCAAGUAUAAAUUAUUAAUUUUGAUAGGAACUGCUAAAAACAAUGAAUUUAUUCGAGUAUUAGUCAAGGAUUUUUUAAACAUCCCUAAACAGGAAAUGUUCAAAAAUGCUAUGAUAAGCAGUGGCUGAGUUUGUAGCUGAUAUUUUCACAAUGGAUACUUAACAUUUUAACAAUACAAAUUAUUUUAUAAUUAUAAAUAAUAAUCAAUUCAUAAUCAAUUUGUGAAAUAAUAAACCUAUUUUUGGUACAUAACUAUAAUAAGUUAAUUAUGAUUGUUUUGCUAAUUAAGUUUUAUAAAAUGUCUAAUGGCAUUUAAAAUAUUUUCGUAAUGGUAAGUAAGAAUUAAAUAUGAAUCAAAAGCAGAAUCUAUGCUAUCUUAUAUUUAUAAGUAAAUAUGUUAAUAAAUUAUUUUCAACUUAA